AUGGCUAGCCACGAAGAUUGCAAAGAGCCUCAAACCGCGACUUCCACGGGUCCUGGCAUGAGUAGCUCUCAACUCGGCUUGUUACAAAUCAAAAAACCAUCAAUGGCUGGCCACGGAGAGUGCAAAGAGCCUCAAACCGCGACUUCAUCGGGUUCUGAUAUGGGUAGCUCUCAACCGGGCUUUCCUCAUUAUCAUCGAAAGUUUGCCAAUCCGGCGCCUUUGGGUUUAUCCGGUUUUGCGGCCACUACCUUUCUUUUAUCACUUUUCAAUAUGCAAUCAAGAGGGAUCACCACUCCCAACUUGGUAGUUGGUCUUGCAAUGGGAUAUGGUGGAUUGGUUCAGUUGUUGGCUGGCAUGUGGGAAUUUGCUGCUGGUAACACUUUUGGGGCUACUGCCUUCUCUUCUUACGGUGGCUUCUGGAUCAGUUUUGGCCUAAUCUUCUGGCCACAAUCUGGAAUCCUAGCUGCUUAUGCUGGCGCAGAUGGUGCAGCUCAACUAGAUAAUGCCUUGGGAUUAUACCUUUUCACUUGGUUUAUCUUUACCUUCAUCAUGCUCGUAGCUGCCCUUCGAUCUUCACUAGCACUUGUCACACUGUUCUUCAUUCUUGACGUCACGUUUCUGGUACUAGCACUUGGUAAAUUUUAUCCCGAAAAAACACAAAUCACCUUCACCGGAGGUGUACUUGGUAUAAUAACAGCCUUUAUUGCUUGGUAUAUUGCGGCGGCCAAUCUGUUGACAGCUGAAACUAGCUUCUUCACUUUACCUAUUUAUGAUCUUAGCCGGGAUCGUCAUACAAGAAGAGAUUAG